UCGUGAUAAACGGUAGAAAAUGAAUGAAUGAAUUUCAUCUCCAAAAGGGGGGCGCUAGAAAAAAAGUUUGGGAACCACUGAGUUGGACUCUCAUCUUUCAUCAGAAAAGAAUCUUUGUUUCUACUUGUCUCCGUUAUUUAGUAAUCGGCAGUAGAACAAAGAUAAGUUUCAGCAAAAUCUCAACAAAAAAAUUGCGUAAAAUAGCUUUUUGUGUCACUUUGACACUAAUUUUGCUGUAUAUAUUUAGCCAAAAUUUAUAAACAAAUAUGCCACAACACAAAACAUGUUGUUUUACAUGAAAAUAACAAUUUAUUUACAAAUAUAACACAAUGAACUAUUAACAAUUUUCCCAUUUGGAACUGAACUGUGAGUGUGUGUGUGUGUGUGUGUGUGUGUGUGCAUGCGUUAAAAAAAAAAAAUUCCCCUCAGUGUGUGGUCUCUUCAACACUACAAGACUACACUUCCUGGUUCAGCCAGCGUUUUUACAAAAGGCACCUUAUGGACAUUUUUUUUGGCUUAAAAUCGCACCAAACGUGAUCUUCUUUAUUGUGGAGCUCUGUCAUCACCCAUUUUAGGUCGCAAUGUUUCUGCAUGUUUAGCCUGUUUAGGGCGGGUUCUGCUCCCCCCCACCCCACCACUGCAGAACUUGUGGGUGACCUCUUUUUGUAAGAUGUUUGUCUGUGACCCAAUACGUGUAUAGUAGAUUAUUUAGUGGUAUCGCAUACUUGUAAAUAUGUUUGACUUAGAGUGACUGAGAUUUCCAGAAAAAUAGACUUCUUUUCUGAGAAAAAAUAAUAAUAACUUAAUAAUUUUGCAGUGCCGUGAAUGCUGAGUAGUUAAUAUGUGGGGAUUCACUGUACAAUAUAAGCUAUAUUUUCAAAAUAAAGGAAGUGUGCAUGUGUGUGGCAAAUUGAUGCAGCCUUGACUUGCACACUUUUAUGAGCCACUGAGACAGGAAGUAGACGGACUGAUGAUAUUAAUAAUCAGCUGUGUGUGCAUGUGUGUGUGCCGCUCUCACUUGCAGUGUGUUGUGGUCUAGAGGCUCUCAUUAUCCUCAAAGUGUUAACCACCUCAAUUAAGUCAUUAUGUAGGGCGCCACCGCCAUGUGAGCACUGAGGGGAUGGCUAGAAAGUGCUAAUAAAUGGCUUAAUGGAAGCAGCAAGGCCUGCUGGGAAGUAUUGGUGCCAUCAUUGUGUUUGGACCUUUUCGUUUUCCUAACAGGUCACCUAACGGGCAGCUAUAAGUUUGGGAUCCUCGCUGAAGUAGAUCAAACAAACAACGGCGAUGAUGUAUGGCCUGCUUUGCAGUCGCGUACUAUUUGUUCACUCCUCUUUGUGCUGGCCUUCAUGUGUAGCUAGCUGCACCAUAAUGCCGCACUUUGGGAAGGCUUGAAUGCACUUUGACCUGGCAAGGUUCCACUGCUGUCUGGCUGCCGUGCUCCAAUUAAUGCAGCAUUUUGGCCCGCCCCUUGCCUCAGAGAGGAGGGACUCCGAGGAAGGGUGACACAUCUUUUUAACAUUUUCAGGCACAUGGCAAUAUACUGAGGUCAGCAAAAUUAUCACAUUCAUUUUCAUUUAUUGUGUGAUUAAUUAAUGAAGUUAUUAUCGUCCCAGGCCUAGUGCUUACGAGACAUUCAUCCAUCCAUUUCCGGCGACAUACACCCUUGAGCGGUCGCCAGCCAAUCGCACGGUGCUCACGAGACAUGUUUUUCUAAAUGAGAAAUCUUUUCAUGUUUUAAUCUUGCGAGAUCUUGUGACACAAAAUUUUGUGACACCCCUACUGAAUAAUGCUGUGUACACUAUGUACUUACCAGUCUUAAAAGACUUAAAACGUCAACUACACAAACAUGCCAACUGAGACACAGUCAGCUUUCCUUGUUAGCAUGCCUUGUUAGCAUCACACAUAGCCUGCUUGUGUGUGCGUGCAUGUGUGUGUCACUGCAUUCUUCCUAGUCAUGUUUACAUCACAGUCCAUUACUCGCAUAAACCAGAUGCACACACACAUGCACUUUGCUAUGCACAUGAAUGUUCAAAAUCGUCACGCUCAGUCUACGUAAUUACACUCAAUCAGGAUGAUUAAAAUAACACACAUGCCAUUAGAUGUGUGUGUGUGUAGCGUGUUUAGUGUGGGGUGGUGGGCUGCUGGGCUGUUGGUGGUGGUCCAAUAGGUUCUGAGGGUGUUGGAGCAUUUUAGUGGUUUGGACUGUGCAGCACUGCAGCAUCACCUGCAGUGUGUUUGCGGAGGGGAAGCAAGGUCAGACAGUGAGUGGGCGUGUGAGGGGGGAGAGAGAGAGAGAGAAACAGAGUGAGAAAGAAGACGUCCAUGUCCACCUGACAGGCCAGCCGACGCAUCAUCUCCUGAAACAUGGAUUCAGAGAACAACGAGUCUGGAGUGUGCGGCUGCUGUGGGCCAUUGAGGCCACGCUACAAACGUCUGGUGGAUAACAUCUUCCCUGAGGACCCCAAAGAUGGUCUGAGCAAGUCAGACAUGGAAAAGCUGACCUUCUACGCCGUGUCUGCCCCGGAGAAGCUGGACAGGAUCGGAGCGUACCUGGCUGAGCGGCUAAGCAGGGAUGUGGUGCGGCAUCGCUACGGGAACGUGGUGAUAGCCAUGGAGGCUCUGGACCAGUUGCUGAUGGCCUGUCACUCUCAGAGCAUCAAGCCCUUUGUGGAGAGUUUCCUGCACAUGGUGGCUAAACUGUUGGAGUCCAGAGAACCGGAUUUGCAGGUGCUGGGGACCAACUCGUUUGUGAAGUUUGCCAAUAUCGAGGAGGACACGCCCUCCUACCACCGCCGUUAUGACUUCUUUGUGUCCCAGUUUAGUGCUAUGUGUCACUCAACCCACGAAGACGUGGACACCAGGACCAGGAUUCGUGUGGCAGGAAUCAAAGGUCUGCAGGGAGUGGUCAGGAAGACGGUGAAUGACGAGCUGCAGGCCAUCAUCUGGGAGCCUCAGCAUAUGGACAAACUCAUCCCUUCCAUGCUCUUCAACAUGCAGGACAGCGACGACCUGGACAGGGCGGGGCAUCCCAGCACGCCAUCAGUGUCGGAUCAGGAUGGCGAGGAGAACCCGGCCACGCUGGCAGAGAGCUGCUUCAGAGAACUGCUGGGCCGAGCUGCAUAUGGCAACAUGAACAAUGCUGUGCGACCCGUGCUGGUUCACCUAGACAACCAUCACCUGUGGGAGCCCAAUGAGUUUGCCGUUUCCUGCUUCAGGAUCAUCAUGUACUCCAUCCAGGCUCAACACUCGCACCACGUCAUCCAGCAGGUGUUGGGCCACCUGGACACACACAACAAGAACACUCCUCGUGUGCGCGCCGGCAUCGUGCAGGUGCUGCUGGAGACGGUGGCCAUCGCCGCCAAAGGCUCCGUGGGAACCAUCCAGGAGUGCAAGCGAGGUGACACGUUCACCUCUCUUGGUGAACACGGCACCCCUCCCAACCUGUGGCUGGGUCCCACCGUGCUGGAGGUCUUCAACACGCUGCUCAAACACUUGAGGAUGAGCGUGGACUUUGAGCUGGGCGAGAGCUCCAGGAGAAAUUCCAGCAGCAGCGUUUCAUCCGGCCGCAACAAGGAGAGUGAAGAACGCAUUGUCCAGAACGCCAUUAUACAGACCAUCGGAUUCUUUGGUGGGAACCUGCCUGACUACCAGCGAGCUGAGGUCAUGAUGUUCAUCAUGGGCAAGGUGCCUGUGUACGGGACCCCGUGCCACACCUUGGACACAGUCAAGAUUGGACAUCAGGGAACCAAACGGAUCCAAACCAUGCUGCUCAGCUCACUCAUCAUGGUCACCUCGGGCUUCAAGUCCAAGUCCAUGGCUGCAGCCCUGCCCCCUCCCUUCCUGGACCCGCUCUUCUCCAUCUCCCUGAUGGAGGACAGCGAGCUGAGACAGCUGGUACUGGAGAUCCUGCACAACAUCAUCGAUCGCCAUGACAACCGAGCCAAACUGCGUGGCAUCAGGAUCAUCCCCAACGUGACUGCACUGAAGAUCAAAAGAGAAAAGAUCUCCAAGCAGGACGUGGCCUUCAUGAAGAAGCACGGCCAGCAGCUGUACCGUCACAUCUACCUGGGCUGCAAGGAGGAAGAUAAUGUGCACAAGAACUUUGAGCUGCUCUUCACCACGCUUGCCAUCCUCACCAUCGAGCUGGCCAAUGAGGAAGUGGUCAUCGACCUCAUCCGACUGGCUGUCGCUCUGCAGGAUAUGGUGCUGGCCAAUGAGGAGAACAUGCCCAUGUCGAUCCGGUGUGGGGUGAUGGCGUUAGUGGCGGCAUACCUCAACUUUCUGAGCCAGAUGAUCGCCAACCCAUCUUUCUGCCAGCACGUCAGCAAGGUGAUUGAGCUGAGGAACAUGGAUGCGCCAUAUCUUCUGCCAGAGCACAUCUUCAGGGACAAGUGCACCCUUCCUGAGUGUUUGGACAAGGAGGAGCGAGCCUUGUACUUCCAGACAGCUGACAUGGCCGAGUGCCUGGCUGGACCAGGAUACAACGCAGAGAGACUUUCCAUCCCUUACGUCCCGCAGGUCACAGUUCUUUACACGGUGGGAAAAAUCCUGCACAGGUGCAAACAGACGUCACAAGAUGAAGACCGCCUGACGAGGAGGAAGAGUUUUGUGGACACCGUCUCACUGCAAGUGGACAUGCUGUCCACUAGUCUCCCUGACAAGUCACAACUAGCUGAGGAGAUUACCUUUGAGACCCUGAAGAAAGCCAUUGACACAAGCGGGCUGGAGGAGCAGGAGCGCGAGCGAAGACGUCAGGUGAUGGAGAAGUUCCAGAAAGCGCCAUUUGAGGAGCUUGCCGCCCACUGCGAGUCCAAGGCAAACAUGCUGCAUGAGCGUCUGGCACACAUCUUUGAACUCACCAUCAGGCCACCACCCAGUCCGUCUGGAGUGGUAUCUGUGUCAUCAGGCCAUGCCCAGCACCAGUCUGUGCCCGUCUACGAGAUGAAGUUUCCAGACCUUUGUGUCUACUGAGGUUGUCACCAUGGAAACGUGAUGCAGGGGCAGCACUUCAUAAUGACAUUUAUCAGAAAGUGUCAUGAUCCUGAGCCAAAUUAAUAAUAAUGAAUGAUUGAUUGAUUGUAGAAGCUCAGCUGUCAAUCAUAUCAUCAGUCAUUCGCCGUCAUCACCUUCACAGUUGCAGCGUGCCCUCUCAUGUGCAUGUUCUUCUACAAUGCGGUCAGCAGCAACAUUUCAUCAUUGGAGUUUGGAGAAAAAAGAUCAUUUGGUGAAAAGACUUGAGAGUUUGACUGACGGGGGGGGCGACAUCUGAUGGAGUGUAGGAGUGAGUGAGGGUCAUCGGGUGAUGAAAGGUCAGCGUUUGGAUGACGGAAACUUCUGCAACUCUAAGUGGCGGUCCGAGGUCAGCGGAGAUUGUGAGCCGGAUGUGGUCAGAUGGCCAGGAUGUCAAAAUAAAUGCUGGAAUCUAAAUGAAUGUUUAAUUAGCGCUUUAAUGCCAAAAGACAAAUAGGCUUUUAUUUUAUGCAGUAGAGAACUACAAGCAAGAUGUUUAUUAGGAGAGAAAUGAAUGUGUCAUUUUAGCGAUAGAUCAUCUAUUUUUCUAUCACUGCCUACCAGACGAAAGUUUAUUUUAUUGCACAGUGUUGUUAAUAACGCUUAGAAUGUACUCUUCAUCACACACUUUUUUCUUGUUCGAUUUACUUAUUUAGAGCAACAGCAGAUCUAUGUACACAGAUCUAUGUGGACAGGUAUGGAAGGUAGGAAUGCAACUUUUGGACACGUUGCAUUCAGGAACCAUUCAUGUGUAAUGAAAUUUCAGUCAUUAUUUUGACCACAAGAGGGCGCCGAGGCUCAACUGCCACCUCAUUAAAGCCAGCAUGCCAACUCGGCACUACCUGCUCCUUAUGCAUGGUGACAUAACAUUCAUUCAUUCAUCCAUUUCCUACCGCUUAUCCUCACGAGGGAGCCUAUCCCAGCUGUCUUGGGGCAAGAGACCUGUGGAGUACACCCUGGACUGGUGGCCAGCCAAUCACAGGGCACAUAUAGACAAACAACCAUUCACACUCACAUUCAUACCUAUGGACAAUUUGGAGUGGCCAAUUAAGCUAGCAUGUUUUUGGAAUGUGGGAGGAA